AACCACCCUGGUAGAAAACUUGAUAUAGAUACAAACGCUAAACUAUCCGGUGGUGAUAACUUAUUGAUUAUUUAUUUUUCCAAGACAGGUAUCUGAAAGGAUAUCGCACUAACUACAGAUGUCUAGCAUGGGCGAUCAGCGUGGCACCAGAGUGUAUGUCGGCAAUUUGACAGAUAAGGUGAAAAAGGACGAUCUGGAGGGGGAGUUCACAAAGUACGGCAAGCUGAAUUCGGUUUGGAUAGCGUUCAACCCCCCGGGCUUCGCAUUUGUGGAGUUCGAGCAUCGCGACGACGCCGAGAAGGCGUGCGACAUAUUGAACGGCUCGGAGCUACUGGGCUCCCAGCUCCGCGUCGAGAUCUCAAAGGGGCGGCCGCGCCAGGGUAGGCGUGGCGGCGGACCGGUGGAAAGGGGCCGGCGCGGCGACUUCGGCCGGCACAGCAUCACGAGCAGCGGCAGCGGAGGCGGUGGCGGAUUCCGGCAGCGCGGAUCCAGCGGCUCAUCGAGUCGCCACACGGAGCGGGGCUACAGUUCCGGCCGAUCCGGUGCCAGCAGCUAUAAUGGACGGGAUGCCGGCGGGAGCGGAUUUAACCGCCGCGAGGUCUACGGCGGCGGACGCGAGAGCAGCCGGUACAGCAGCGGAAGCAGCGCCAGCUAUGGUCGCACUGGCGGACAAUCAGCUGGACGAUUCCGGUCCCGCUCGCCGGUUGGAAACCAUCGAUUCUAAUGACAACACCACUCAUAGUUGCUUAAGGGUUGCCUAUGAGUAAAGAUUAAUAAACAAUAACUUAAGUGCGACCGCUGAGCGCAGACUCGAAACAUUUAAAAUCGUAGCAUUCGAUCGUUUUCGAUCGGCCACCCCCACAAUCCCACAUCAAAUCAACAAAACUGAUAGUCGUCGUAUCUUCAUUAUUUAUUUUACGAAUACCCAUUAAACAUGACAAUUGCAAGCACUUAAAAUUUAAGUUAUAACGUAGAAAACUAGUAAGAACAAAUACGCUAAGACUCGAACAACGUCAAACCAAAUUCUAGAAGUACGCAAUUUUAAUAAAGGAAAUGCGUAAAGUUUUUCGUAUACGUACAAGCUUUCGCAAAAUAAUUGGUCUAUGCAUUAAAGAUCUUUAAGUAUUCGGAACAAUGUAGGUCUUCGCUUUUACAGAAUUUUUAAAAAUCCCCUGAUAUACGCUUUAAAUUAAAGCUGUAUAGUAGCCCGGUUCCGAGGAAAAGUGUGUUUCAGAUCCAUAAACGAUCCGUUCUGAAAAUAACCUGUCCGUUUUUCAGCAUAUUUAGCUGGAUCUUGACGACUAUAAGAGCGUUUGCAAGCAGACCACCAACAAUAAUUAAGAUAUUGACUUUAAAUUUGGUAAGAAAUACAACAUGACUACUAUUCAUCGAUCUACCUUAUUUUAAAUCUAUCAAACAAAAACUCAAGUUUGGCAGCCUUCUGCAGUUUUCCUUAAAAACUCAAGCUCUAGACAAUGCUUAAAGCGCCUAUUUUAAGUUAAGUGUGACGUACUGGGCUAUGACAUACCGGCUCUUCGGUUUUAGCAUUUAUGUUUGUUUUUAUUUAACAAUUUGACAAGUCAUUAGUUAGUGUAUUUCCUAAAGACUACCUUGAGAUUCAUUAGAAUGCAGUAAGUUAUAAAAGCAAUAUUUGUCUGAUGAAAAUGUCGGUUAGUUAGUUAGCCUAAGGGGUUAGAAUUCACUUGGUGUAAAUGACUGCGGAUACUUUUUUAAACAAAAAAGAAAAA